UACCCGCCAGUGUGUGUUUCUUUCAUUAACACACACACACACACACACACACACACACACACAAACACGACUGUUCUUAACAACAAAGCCAGUGUAAUUUGUGUCUAAUUUGUAUGUCGUUUAUAUUUUAAACGGGUCGUUCCUCAGAGGACCCUCGAGCUGUGGGGGUGUGGUGAUGUUCGAGCUUGAACGUUAAAAGUGGGCUGUUCCUCGUAGCUCGUUGAGAAUAAGGAAACCAGAGCAAACCUGCAGCCUUGACUUAACUAGCACUGCAGACCCGCACCGCUCGGACACUGCGCUCUGAACACACCAGGGACUCUCUCAGUUAGUCUGACUCGGCUGAGCAAACCCACAGCUUUCCUGGAGGCAGAUGGCGGAUUCUUCAUCAAACACCACAUUGGGCAGUGGGAAUCUUGACACGGGAACCCCUGGGUACAUUGCCUUUGUGAUAGUGCUGGUCUUCUUCCUCCUGGGCCUGCUGGGCGUGCUUAUCUGCCAUGUGCUGAAGAAGAAGGGCUACCGCUGCACCACUGAUGCUGAAGAGGAUGACGAGCUGGAGGGAGAAGAGGAGAAGCACCUGGAGGAAGAAGAACUGAAUGACACCUACAGCGAGGGCAACACGGACACUGUGGGCCAGAUCGUUCACUACAUCAUGAAAAAUGAAGCUAACACAGAUGCCCUGAAGGCCAUGGUGACCGAGAACAGUAUAGACUCUGACGGUGCUCCAGUGACCCCCACCUCGCCCACAACCCCAGUGUCACCCGGGGCUCCUCCCUCAGCGGCUAAACACACCUGUAACCACCUGCACACCAUCGGAGGAAUCGGGGGGCAGAAGAACAUCUGCAACCGCUGCAACCACAAGAAAUGGCCACUCAUGCGGCGUGGCUCCAACAAGAAGAUGGACCGCCGCAGCCACGUUGGAGAGGUCACUGUGCUGUCAGUGGGCAGGUUCCGCGUGACAAAGAGUGACCCCAGGCACCCUGUCAGACGCACCCUGCUGAUCACUGAGCCCAACGGGAGUGUGCCGACAUCUCCUGCAAAGGCGGAGGCAGGCCCACUGAGCAGCAACACACCCUCACAGCCUCAGGCGGAGGGGGCUGUUAAAAAAUGACAUGACUGAAGCCAUGGCAUCUGCUUCAAGUACAGAAAACUGAGAAUUUUAAAUGCGUUUUAUACCAAAAAUCACACAGACGUCGCAGCAGAGAGGGACAGAGUCACCUACUCUGGGACGAUAUGAGUAUCAGGAGUGCAAGAGAGAGGUAAAAUGGUGGAAAUGAGGGGGGAAAAGAAGAAGCCUUUUAAACUGAACUGCACUAUUACAUUCCACUCUCCUGCCACCAGGGUGUGUUUGUGUAUCUGGAAAAUGAUAAGGAACGUGUACAGUUCAUUGUAGUUUUAUUCCAUCGCCAUGCCAACAGUCCCUUUACAAACACUCGCGCGUCAUCUUUAACCGUGGUUGGCGUCAAUUCAUCCUUGUUAAUGACCAGGAGUGGGUCAGUUCUUAAUCCCUGGUCAAACAAAUUAUCGAUCAUCUGACUCAGUGGGUUACUUCCAGGAAGUUGAAAUGUUUUUCCUUUUGGUUACUGUGAAGAACAAAAAAAGCACAAAAAAAAGACAUCAGACCUCAGACACAGUCUUGGACCCAUAAGAUGGACUAUCGCCAUUGCACCUGUCUGCCAUAUGUUUGUGUUCAUUUUCAUUGUCUUUUUCAUUUUUGCCUUCGUAGGACAAACUUUUUCUGCCUUAAAAUAAGUAUGUUAAGUGUCAUGAUCCUUCAUCUAAAGCCAGCUAACUUAAGUAUCUAUCUAUCUCUCUAUCUACCUAUCUAUGAGAAAUAAUAUCCUCUUGUUGGGACAGGAAUAGUUCCAAUCAUGAUUAGCACUCCGUAUUUUUCUGAACAUCUCCUAUGAAAAACCAAAAGAGUAUAUUAUAGAAAAAAUAUGCAUAUAUGUACAUUUAAAAGGCUUUGCAAAGAAAAUUAUUAUGUAAAAUAUGUUAUGUAUAAUAUCACCAUUGAGCACAAAGUGGCCUAUCUACCUGCUUUCACUAGCACCUUUGAAAAAUGAGAUUCAUUACAUUUAUUGGCUGCACUGCAUUGCCCUCAUCUUUACAACCUGCAUGUCCUGCUUAUUCACCAUCAUGUGCUCAUCAAGUUCCCUCACAGAGUAAAACAUCUAUCAUGUGCUAAUACAGUGACUUAAUGAAUACAAUAUACAAACACAAAUAAUAUGUCUACCCACAUUCUAUAGUAAGUAGGUCUGUUGCUAUUCUGUAGUUACUCAGACACGAGUGUUUUAAAAUAAAUUGUAACCUCAGAAAGAGUAACAGUGGCCUUACUUGAGCUGCUGACAGGUUGAAAGCGUUCUUAUUAUUUAGCCAAAAUAAAUUUGCCAAACCAUUUAUUAUUUAUUAUAUAAACUGUAUAGGAAAAUUAAGAUUUGCCUUGUUUUUAGUGUAAAUUUGUUGUUAAAAUGUUACCCAAAAAUUACACAAUUCAGUGUUUCAUGUUCAUAAUCUAAUUUAAACAGCUGCAAAAGUCUGUUUUACCCUUGAUAUGCCCAGUCUUGUACAAUGGCAUAUUAUGAGUAAUGUGGAUUUAUGUGACGAAAGACUUGUAUCCAGAUAUUUUGUGCCAAAGCAGGUAUUUGGAACUUAGUUAAAGCAAUUCUUCAACUCUGCCCCCACCAAAACAAACAAGAAAAAAUGUUCCUAGUCAGUAUGACUGUCUGGGGGGCAUUUAGCAAUAUCUAUAUAUUAUUACCAAUGAGAACAUGUUAACUGGUCUGUAUUUAUCAUUUUUCAUAGCCAUUUUAGCUUUUGGGGGGUGAUAUAUUCCUGAAUUCAUUCAUUCGUUGAUAUUAGGACGAUUAAUGACAAUUUUAAACAGUUUAAAUAAAUGCAAAGUGUUUAAGAAUGAACAAAUGUAAUGGAAUGUUGGAACACUAAUAAAGUUGUUUUACACUGUUUAAAAGAGGCCAUGUUAUAGAACAACAUAUUUUAUGUCUUAAUGGACAUUUUUGUAUCCACAAAAAAAUUAUACAUUAAAAAGAUUAAAAGCUAA